CUUGCCCAGCAGGUGGUUGACCUGCAGGAGCGCGUCGCGGCCGAAGAACGCCAUCGCCAAUCGCUGGAAGAAAAGCACCAGCAUGCGCGCCAGGCGCUGGAGCAUUUCCGGCAAUCCAGCAGAGAGCAGCGUGACCAGGAGCAGCGAAAACACGAGCAGCAGGUGCAGUACCUGCAGGCCGAGUUGCGCAGCGUGCGCGAGACCUUGGCCACCAAACAGCAGGAGGCCGUGCACGCCCUGCAGGACAACGCACGCCUGCUGGGCGACUUGUCGCGCGCCCAGGGCGAUCUGCACCAGGCCCAGGAAGAGCUGCGGGGUCUGCGGCCGCGCAAGGAGGAAUUGGGGUUUGCACAAAGGCGCACCGAGGAGUUGGGCCGGCGCCUGGUCGAGCAGGAUGCCGCCGUCCAGCAACUCAGCACCACGAACAAGCAGUUGCAGGCCAAGGUCGAUGAACUGCUUUCUGAAAAGCAGCAACUGGAACUGGCGCUGGCCACGGCCAGGUCAUCCGUCACGGCGCAGGAGCACGUCGUCGCCAGCCUGCUGGAGAGACUGACGGCCACAUCGAGCGAAUCCGGCGCAGUGACGGUGAGCGCAAAGCCAGCGAAACAAGCCCGCUAA